AUGGAAUAUAAUGGCACGCCAAAAUGUGAUUCUGGAGCUUCUGGAAAAGAUCUGAAUCAACGAAGUGUCGAAAUUUGUCAUUCCAUACUACAGCAUAUUUUAAAAGACCAAACUAAGAUAAAGAUUUCUUUUGAUUGGCAUCAAAUUGACUUUUGCAAACAAUUCUGUGAUGUGUACUUUAAAACAGAAUCUAAAAGUUUAUAUCAAAAUAUCCAAAGACUCUCGCUCAAUUACAUUUACGACACUAAACUACUAGAAAUGUUAUCCUUAAAUAUCAAAACGCUCGAAAUUUACGCCAUUAGCAAUUUUGAAUCCAAUAAUAUGUACUCUUUUAUUUCUAAACAAAAUAAGCUCAGAGAGUUUAAAUUACAUGGAUACUUAUACAGGCCAUUGGUGGCUUUAUCAAAACAGGCUAAUUUUCUCCUUUCCAUAGAAUUAGUCUAUAUCGAUUUCUGUGAAGCACCACGUGAUUUAUUAAAAGGAUUAGCUUCGUGCCGCGAAUUGAUACAAAUAUCAAUCAAAUAUUGCACAUCCGCAGAUGAUGGUCUGUUAGAACCCUUAGCUUCUUCAAGGUUUCCCAACCUUAGAGAUAUUCACUUUGAAGAAUCUACGAAAGCAUGGGUUAAACUAAUGAAAAAUUUGAUCAAAAACAACUCUGAAAAGAUCGAGCACAUUUAUUACAAGCCUUCAUCAGAUGAUCUUUCGAUAAUAAAUGGCAGGGAAACAACUGACAUUCUAAAAAUUGUAAAAGAAUAUUGUCCAUUAAUUAAAAACUUAAGUGUGCCGGCAAUCAGUCAGGAUGAUUUUGAGUCUUUCAAACGGUUUCUGGAAGAUUCACCCCAAAAUUUACAGAGUCUCGUUAUAUUUCUGAAUAAACGUCACAAAUAUCCGAUCCCGACCGCGCAACAUAUUCUUGAGGUUAUUAAUGUAGAAUGA